CAAAAGAAAUUUGUGUUGGUUCAAACAAUUUCUCAAAUCUAUGGCUAAAGGAAAUGAAAGUAACACUAAAAAGCUUCACAUAGUUAUGUUUCCAUGGUUAGCUUUUGGUCAUAUCAUCCCAUUUCUUGAACUUUCCAAAUUCAUAGCUCGAAAGGGUCACAAAAUUUCGUUUAUUUCAACUCCAAAAAAUAUUGAUCGUCUUCCAAAACUUCCCUCUGAAUUUUCUAAUUCCAUGAGGCGCGGUGGAUGGUGGAGUCUAGUAAAGAAUGUAUCUGGCGUUUCAGAUUUUUAUCGCGUUGGUGUCACUAUUAAUAGAGCAGAUGCUAUUAUUAUUCGUCAUUGUAAUGAGUUUGAAGGUCAGUGGUUGAAAUUACUAGAGGAUUUGCAUCAUACACCCGUGCUUCCUACGGGAUUGAUGCCAUCUAUAGUGAAAACUAGUACCGAUGAAAAAAAUGAAUCUUGGUUAUCGAUUGAAGAGUGGUUAGAUAGAAACCAAAAAGGUUUGGUUGUUUACGUAGCCCUAGGAAGUGAAGUGACGAUUACUCAGAGUGAGAUCAACGAGCUAGCUCGUGGGUUGGAGUUAUCUGGAUCACCGUUCUUUUGGGUCUUGAGAAAGCCCACUGGGUCAGGAAAUAUUGACCCCAUUGAGCUACCAAAUGGUUUUGAGGAAAGAACCAAAGAUCGAGGCAUAGUAUGGAACAGUUGGGUACCUCAGUUGAAGAUACUGAGUCAUGAAUCGAUUGGGGGAUUCUUGACUCAUUAUGGAUGGGGCUCGACUAUAGAAGGGCUUAUGUUCGGUCAUCCAUUGAUUAUGCUACCAUUUUUGUGCGAUCAAGGACUGAAUGCUAGAAUUCUAGAAGACAAAGAGGACGGGUCCUACACGAGCGAUUCAGUGGCCCACUCAGUGAAAUUAGUAAUGAUAGGAAAUGAUGGAAAGAUAAUUCGAGAGAAAGCAAAAGAAAGGGAAGAACUA